AUGUUGUGUAUAAAUCUGUCCAAAAUAACCUCAAAAUCAAUUCAAAACGUCAAAAUUCCCGUCAUGUGGCACCUCCUCCUUCUCCUCCUCCUCCUCCGCAUCCGCCCCGUCCUCCCCGCCGACGCCCACGUCCUCAGCCUCACCGACACCAACUUCAACCGCCAACUCCUCCUCAACCCCACCCUCCUCGUCCAGUUUUUCAUCCCCUGGAGUGGCAUGUGCCAAAAAACGCGCCCCCAUUUCGCACACGCCGCCAAAAUCCUCGCCGUCAACCAAGUCCCCGUCACAUUGGCCAAAAUCGACUGCUCCGGAAAGGGGCGUUUGACAUGCACCCGGAAGAACAUAACCUACCCCUACCCCGCCUUCCACUUCUACCGGAAAGGCGUCUUCGUGAAGGAGUACACCGGAUCGCGGGACGCCCGGAGCAUCGUCAAGUUUAUGCGCGUUCAAGUGGUGCCAGAUCCGGUCGAAUUGCGGGACGUCGAGCAAUUCCGGGAGUUCCUCGACCGGCAAGAUGACGUCAUCGUGGUGGGUUUCUUCGAGGAGGAGAGCAAACUCCGGAGGCUUUUCUUCCGGGUAGCGGAGGAAAUGAAAGAACGGAUGAUUUUCGCAUUUACAAGUUGCGAAAAACUCAUUUUGAAAGAAGGUGUGAGUAAUGGGAUUGUGAUUUUCCGGCCGAAAAGUCUCCAUAAUCAGUACGACCCGGAGCGGGUGCUCUUCACCGGAAGAAGUAUCAUUGGUGAAAUCAAGAAUUUCAUCACCCGGAAUUACCAUGGUUUGAUUGGACAUAGAACCCCCAAUAAUCGGUAUGAUUUUCCCAACCCUUUGGUCAUCGUCUACCAUACCAUUGACUACCAUUCCGGUGGUACCGAAUUAAACUAUUGGCGGUACCGUUUGAUCAAAAUCGCCCAUAAGUACCAAAAUUUCGUCAAGAUUGUCACAAGUGCCAAAGACGAUUUUGAGGAGGAAAUUGCCGAUUUGAGGAGUGACACUCUCACCCCCACCACCCCCUUGGUGGUAGCCUUCGAUCUCGAGAACCAAAAAUACGUCAUGAGUGACAAUUUCACCACCGGAAAUUUUGACAAUUUCGUCGAGAAUUUCGUCAACCGAAAUUUGACACCCUACUACCAAUCCAAGCCCAUCCCGAAGGAGAACGAUGGGCCUGUGGUCAUUGCCGUCACCCAGAAUUUCAACCAAAUGGUAUUAAACAACGGAAAAGACACCCUUUUGGACUUGUAUGCCCCCUGGAGUCUCAAAUGUCAGAAAUUUGUUCCGGUUUUGCGUGAAGUUGCUGAACUUUUAGAAGACGAAGACGUGGUUUUUGCCCGAAUGGACGCAACCGAGAAUGAAAUACCGGAAGUGUUUAGUGAGAAAGGUACACCGAAUAUUUUCUGGUUGGCUAAAAACCGGAAACGGGGUUUGGUGGUGUACGAAGGGGAGAGGAGUGCAGAGGAGGUUGUUAAGUUUGUGGCGAAGAAAGCGAGUAAGGAAUUGAAAAAUUAUGACAGGAAGGGGAAUCCCAAGGAUGAUAGAGAUGAAUUGUGAACUUUGUGGAAUAAAGGGUG